GAGAAAUGGAGUAUCUACUGAACUCUCGGUCAGAAUACCUACCUCUUGAACUCCAGCUACAGGAAGAAGGUGAAGCCUUUAUGAGAGUAGUAUUCUCUAGGUAUGGCAUCAACAAGGACUAUGUACACAAUAAUACGAGAGGAAUCUUUGACUACUUGGUGAAGAGCAAUUCAUUUUAUAAGGCUUCUAAGCUAAGACAUCAAUUAUGAGAACCUACUUAUUUUGUCCAAAUCGACUUUGACCAAGCUGCCUUGAAGAGACUUAGAGGUGUUUAUAGUUCAUUCCUGGCUAAACAUAUAACGAAUCUGAAUUUGCAUAGAUUUAUCACAUUUCAGAAUAACCCCAUUAGCUUUAAAAAGAUGCUUCAGACAAAUGUCAGAAAUGAGCCCAGAGGAGAUGUUUUCAAGCUCUUACAGACCGUAAGUGAUUGCAUAAACUUUUAUGGAUGGAAGAUUAAUGCUAGGAGCUUAAAAAGAUUAUUGGCAAGUUGUAGGCAAGUGCACACUAUUUCCUUUGCGAGGUGAUUUUUAUCCUAUCGUGGUUUCGAUAUCUCUGCUCCAUUUACAUCAGGAAUAUCAACUAUUGGGCUUAAGAACUGUUGAUUUGAAGAAGAUGGUUACUCUGAUGCAGACAUUAUUACUGUUGAACAAAUUUAUUUCAAACUCUCUUGUUCAUGUCUAGAUUUGAGAACCAUAAAUAUCACAAAACCAAAUGCUCUAAAGAAUCUUGAGGUAUUAAAUUUUUACCCUGAAGUCGAUCAGACAAAGACUGCAAUAAUCCAAGAUAUUAUUUAUAUAGUACCUCUUCUUUAAAAAAGAGAAACUAAAAAUAAAUGAUUGAUUAAAAUAUUUCCUUUGAACCCCUCAAAAUUACACUAAUUAAGUAAACAGAAUCAUAAAUCUCAAACCAAUCAGGCUCUAAAAUAAUGACAUAAUUACCUUUUCAACU